AUGAGCACUAAUCCUACUGACGACCACAAAUUUGUUUCUCCCGUCGCUAGGCCUACCACUCCUCCAAAAAUGAAUGAAACAUCGGAGAACCAUACAGCAGAAGCAAAAGCUGUCGCCGCUGCGAAAAAAGAGACACCAAUCGCUGUACGCACUCGUCGUCAUUUUCAACAAGAACUGCAUAUGAGCUCACCUUCUGAUGCGCAAUUAUCUCCAUGUACCACGAAAUUGUUUGGGAAAGGAGGAAAAAAG